AUUCCUCUCUGGUUUCGUGGGUGAGUGUGUUCAUAUAGCCCGGAGCGACUCUUCCUCUUCGGCUUUAAUGGCGUUAGAAAUUACGCGAACUGCACAUCUACGCUACCCAGUCAUCGUCUGAAAUCCUUCAAUCUUUGCAUGCCUUACCAAUAGUUCACUGAUAAAAUCCAAAUGUGGAGGUUAUUGAUGAAAUUGAAAUCUCCAUCAACAAAAGCCAUCUCUAUUUAAACUUCUGAGCGACACCCGAAUGACUGAUAAUGGUAAUCUCGUAAUGGGAUGUGUUAUUGAACUGUUUUAAUCGAUAUCUGUAAUGAGUUUUCUGUUUCUGGGAUUGCUCUGAUUGCUUGGGGUCAGCUUUUUAAUUUUUCCGGCGGUAUCGGUUGGCUUGUUUUUUUUUUGUCGGUGUCCGAAGGCGUUGAGAUAGGGGGACAAGAUGAGAGAAAACGUGGAGCAUGACGAAGAAGUUGAGAAGCUGUUAGAUGAGAUCCCUCAGAUAACUUCAUACAAUCUUCUUCAUCAGCAUCCACAUGGUUAUGGUGGGGAUGACAGACAGGCUAUCCAUGGAAUGUAUGGUAUGUUUGAUGAUGAUCCGUUUACUCAUAUGACUAAGUAUCCGUGUAUUUCAUCCCCUGUCAGCGGUUUGUCUCUGCUAUCGGAUGGGUCUUCCUCAAGCCCGUUCUCUGGUAGGUAUCCCUCUUCUGACAAUGGAUCGCCAACGCCACUCCCAUUGGAGGAGCUUAAAUCUCCCAUGUCUUCUGGGAGUUUUAACUGCCCAAAAAGUUUCUGCUUGGACUCCAAAAUGCCUGAUUUAACUGUCAGGAAGAAGGAUAAUGGAAACUUGGUUGAUGAAUUAGAACUCUGCUCCGCUUUGAGAAGAAUGCAUUUUAACAACCAACAUGAUAAGCCUUGUAAUGUGGAAGAUGCGUCAAUAGGCAUGAAUGGGCUUCCUUCUUGUGUCUGUUUGGAUGGAAAUAACCCCAUCAAUGAUUGUAAACAAGAGGAAUAUCGCAAUUUCAAGAGAGCAUUUCUUAACCGUAGGGGAGUUGAAUCCCCUUUUCCUAGUAUUCCUGUAAGUCCUGUGAGUCCCGAUUCUGAAGCAGGCGUAGCAUUUCCAGGAUUUCCCCGGGGCAAUAAGAUGGCUGGUUUAUUUGGAGCACGACACUGUUCCAGAAGGCUUGAAACUAUGAUGUUGCAAUCAAAUGACUUUAGAAGUUCAAUAGAUUCUUCUGCCUGCAGAGGGCAGCUGAUAAAUAACUUCUGUUACGGAGGAAAUAUGGCACCAGAGCUUACUGCUUCUUUGAGUGGACAUCCUAUAGUUGAUACUUCACCUCAUCCACAUCAAAAUGGAAUGAGUUUGAUGCGAGAAAGGAACAUGUCAACAUUUCCGAAUUCUCCCAUUCGUUCUAAUUUAAGGCCAUAUUUGAGCGCUAAACACUUACAGCAGUGUAACCUUCCUACGUCUAAUGCAAGAGCUUCCCCCCUUUCAAACACAAGAAUUCCACAAGCAGGCCUAGAUGCUAUUACAAGUGAAGGGAGCUUCAUCAUCCAAGGUGAAGGUUUAAAUUAUGUCAUUAGCAAUGGUUUUGAUCAUCCAAGGGGUCAGAGUAAGGGUUCAUUGCGUGAAACUGGCUAUAAGAAGAAUCUGCGCAAGUCAGAGCCUGAAAUCCAGCGCCAAGUUUUGGGAAAUCAUGUAAUCCAUCAGGUUGCUAGGACUGAUUGCUCAUUCCCCUCACUGUCCAAGUGUCAUUCCCUAGCAGGAGCUAGGGGGUACAUAUGUUUAAUUGCCAAAGAUCAGCAAGGGUGUAGAUUUUUGCAAAGAAUGUUUGAUGAGGGUACCCCAGAAGAUGUUCAAGUAAUAUUUAAUGAGAUCAUCAAUCAUGUUGUUGAACUUAUGGUGAAUCCUUUCGGAAAUUACCUUAUGCAGAAGUUGUUGGAUGUGUGCACUGAAGAACAGAGGAUGCGGAUCAUACUCAUGGUUACUCUAGAACGAGGGCAGCUUGUCAGAAUCUCUUUAAACACUCAUGGCACCCGUGUGGUACAGAAGCUAAUUGAGACUCUCAAAAUAAGACAGCAAAUUUCCCUAGUUGUGUCAGCCCUUGAACCUGGAUUCUUGGAACUUAUUAAAGAUCUAAAUGGAAAUCAUGUGAUUCAGCGAUGUUUGCAGUUCCUGAGCAAUGAAGAUAACAAAUUUAUAUUUGUUGCUGCCGCAAAGUAUUGCAUCGAGAUUGCAACUCAUCAACAUGGAUGUUGUGUUCUGCAAAGAUGCAUUAGUCAUUCAAGUGGGGAGGAUCGUGACAGACUGAUUGCUGAAAUAUCUGCUAAUGCUCUUCUGCUAGCUCAAGACCAAUAUGGAAAUUAUGUUGUCCAGUAUAUCUUGGACUUAAGGAAUCCAUAUGCCACUGCUUGUAUAAUUUCACAAUUUGAGGGUCACUAUGUUCACCUGUCAAUGGAGAAAUUCAGCAGCCAUGUGGUUGAAAAAUGUCUUGCUGUAUUCAGUGGUGAGAACCGGUCAAGAAUCAUCUGCGAACUGCUCUCUGCUCCACACUUUGAGCAGUUGCUUCAAGAUCCCCACGCAAACUAUGUUGUUCAAUCAGCUCUUCGAAAUUCUGCGGGUCAUGUGCAUAAUGCACUAGUCGAAGCGAUAGAAUCCCACAAAGCUGUUUCGAGAAAUAGUCCAUACUCAAAAAAGAUUUUCUCACAGAAGCUUUGGAAGAAGUGAUGUACAUUCUCCCGUAAGGCUCGAAGUGUUGUUGUUGUUGUUCUACAUUACUAAAGCUGCAUCCUGCCACUACAAUUAUAAUAUAUGGAUUCUAUGGUUAUUUAACUGUAAGUUGGUGCUGCUCAUAACCAUACAAAGGAUUAACUCUGUAAAGAAGUGUUUAUCCUUCUGGUCAGCUGAAUCUGGAAAGAAAAGGUUAAGACAAUUUUGCUCUUAAAGUUUCUAGACAUGCUUCUGUACUAUUUCUAUGAUCUUGUAUUUUAACAUCUUGGAUAUGAUCAUCCUGUUAAUUAUGAUAUUCUCACUUUAUUGAGACUGUACAGUGUAUAGAAUGUUAGGAUGUUUUUGCUGUUACUGUAUAAAGUACUAUGAGAUGCCUCUCUCAGAAUAACUCUGUUUUGUGGUCAA